CUGCUGGGCAGCGGGAAACCACAAAGGAUCUGCGCCCGCAGAAGGAUCCACCGGCGUCCUGUUGAACUUUGCACACCGCGUGACUGGGGCAGACCGCGCACGGUGGCCCGGCCCUUCGCUCGGGUCCUCGGGGGAAGAGAGGAGGCUGGUUUCCGCGGCCGGGGCGGCGGGCCUGAGCGGGGCUGCACAGCCUGCAGCCCCUGCCGGACGCGGGCUGCCUCCCGCUCGCCGUUCCCGGUUGUUCGUGCCCCGGACUUGGAGCGGGAGCCUUCCCCGGCGAGCUGCCGGCUGCCCUCGCGGCCCCACGGGAGGAGCCCCCGGCCGCCGUGACGCGUCAGGGAGGAAACGCCAGCGCCCGGCGGCCCUGCCGGGAAGGAGGAAGCGCGAGCGCGCUUGACUCGGCGCCCGCGGCGCCGGGAGGCAGCACCGCGGAGCCGGGUUGCAUGAUGGAAUUUGAACAUUACUUCAAGAGUUUUCAUAUUUUGGAUUAGUUAAUUGUGCUCAUCCUCUGUUGAUUAUUUCUUCGGACUCAUUUUUUGGUUUUUUUGGUGCCCUUUUGAGUCAUUUAAACGCAAAGAAAUUAUAUCAUGGACUACAAGGAAAACUGCCCAAGUGUAAGCAUUCCCAGCUCUGAUGAACACAGAGAGAAAAAGAAGAGGUUUACUGUUUAUAAAGUUCUGGUCUCUGUAGGGAGGAGUGAGUGGUUUGUCUUCAGGAGAUAUGCAGAGUUUGACAAACUUUACAACACUUUGAAGAAGCAAUUUCCUGCUAUGGCCCUGAAGAUUCCUGCCAAGAGAAUAUUUGGUGAUAAUUUUGAUCCAGAUUUUAUUAAACAAAGGAGAGCAGGACUGAAUGAGUUCAUUCAGAACUUAGUCAGAUACCCAGAGCUUUACAACCAUCCAGAUGUCAGAGCAUUCCUUCAAAUGGAUAGCCCCAGACAUCAGUCAGAUCCAUCUGAAGAUGAGGAUGAAAGAAGUACUCAGAAGCUACACUCUACCUCACAGAACAUCAACCUGGGACCAACUGGAAAUCCUCAUGCGAAGCCAACUGACUUUGAUUUUUUAAAAGUUAUUGGAAAAGGCAGCUUUGGCAAGGUUCUUCUUGCAAAACGGAAACUGGAUGGAAAAUUUUAUGCUGUCAAAGUAUUACAGAAAAAAAUAGUUCUCAACAGAAAAGAGCAAAAACAUAUUAUGGCCGAACGUAAUGUACUCUUGAAAAAUGUGAAACAUCCAUUUUUGGUUGGAUUACAUUAUUCUUUCCAAACAACUGAAAAACUUUAUUUUGUUCUGGAUUUUAUUAAUGGAGGGGAGCUGUUUUUUCACUUACAAAGAGAACGGUCCUUUCCUGAACACAGAGCAAGGUUUUAUGCUGCUGAAAUUGCCAGUGCAUUGGGUUACUUGCACUCCAUCAAAAUAGUAUACAGAGACUUAAAGCCAGAAAAUAUUCUUUUGGAUUCAGUGGGACAUGUUGUCUUAACAGAUUUUGGGCUUUGUAAAGAAGGAAUUGCUAUUUCUGAUACUACCACCACAUUUUGUGGGACUCCGGAGUAUCUUGCACCUGAAGUAAUCAGAAAACAGCCCUAUGACAACACUGUGGAUUGGUGGUGCCUUGGUGCUGUUCUGUAUGAAAUGCUGUAUGGAUUGCCUCCUUUUUACUGCCGAGAUGUUGCUGAAAUGUAUGAUAAUAUUCUUCACAAGCCUCUAAGUUUGAGGCCAGGAGUGAGCCUCACAGCCUGGUCCAUUCUGGAAGAACUCCUAGAAAAAGACAGACAAAAUCGACUUGGGGCCAAAGAAGACUUUCUUGAAAUUCAGAAUCAUCCUUUUUUUGAAUCACUUAGCUGGACUGACCUUGUACAAAAGAAAAUUCCACCACCAUUUAAUCCUAAUGUGGCUGGACCAGAUGAUAUCAGGAACUUUGAUACAGUAUUUACAGAGGAAACUGUUCCAUAUUCUGUGUGUGUAUCUUCUGACUAUUCUAUAGUGAAUGCCAGUGUACUGGAGGCUGAUGAUGCAUUUGUUGGUUUUUCAUAUGCACCUCCUUCAGAAGACUUAUUUUUGUGAACAAUUUGCUAUUCAGAAACUAUCAUGCAAAUAUAAGACUGCGGAUGGGACUGAGACUCCUAUUUUUGUGAAUAUAUUCAAAUAUGUAUAACAGUGCCUCAUUUUUACAUGUAAUGUUAAAAACUAUGAAAAAUGUAUUUUCUGCUGUAUGCAAGAAAAUAGGGCGUUUCAAAGAGCUGUUUUGGAUUAAAUUUGUAUUCUUGUUUAUUAAGCUUAUUUUUAAACAGAAAAUUUAAAAACUGUUAUUCUUAGCAUUAACCUAUUUUUGAAGAAAACUUUUUUGCUAUUGACUGUUCUUUUUCCCUCUUAAGUUUACACUAACACCCAAGAUAGACUGUUUUGUAGCAGUCUAUUUCAGUUCAGUUAACUUAUAUUAAUACCUUUGUAAUUCUACUACGACUUUUGUUAUCAAAUCAGAACUAUGCAAUUGGUACAUGGUUGUUUAAGAAGAAACCGUAUCUUUCCACGAUAAAUCACUGUUUGAAAUAAUCGGGUCCUGGUAGGGUAAAAAUGUAAAAGCAUAAUUAACAUAUUGGCUGCUAGUUAACACUGUUAAUAACUGUUCAUUUUGCUGAUAAUAAAAUAAGUAACAAAGUAGUAAAAAAUGAAAUCAUUUGCUUUUGAAA